CACAGGCUGCCCAGGGCAGUGGGCACGGCCCUGAUACUGGAGCUCAGGGUGCACUGGGACACCGCUCUGACACUGGGGCUGAGUGGUCCUGUGUGGAGCUAGGAGUUUGGAUUCAAUUAUCCUUGUGGAUCCUUUCCCUCUGGGGAUAUUCUAUGAGUCAAUGAGAGGAGCCAUUGCUCCUAGGGAGGAGGAGGCCUGACAGACAGGAGCAGUUGCAUUGCUCCUGUCAGAGCAAAGCACAAUCAACUCUGUUGUCACCUGGUGUCAGAGUGGGAGAGUAGUGAGGAGUCAGAGAAAAGGAGCUUGUUCUUGAAAGGCAUUUUCUGGGGGAGUGAGGCUGCGAAAUAAUUGCUAGGACACCUCAAAGAAUAGGGAUAAAGUGCUAGAGAUGAAGUGAUUCUUCUUUGUAUAACUGCUUCAUUUCUGAGCUCAGCAUUACUCACAAAAAGGCGCAAUCUGUAUUCCUAACUAUGCAGAGUCUCAUUCUCAAUUUUGAUGUUGCCAAUCUGGAUGUAUUAGGAUGGCUUCAGCAGAAUGUGAUAACAUGAAAAGCUGUAUAAGAACUAACAAAAAUUUGGGUCAGCUGGAGCUUUUCUGGCAGACUUGGGUCUGUCCAGCACCCAAACAGUGUGCUUGUGGGUUCUGAGACUUGGCUUGGAAGAGCAUUGUAUGCGUGUCCAAUAAAGGAUGCAUGCAUAUGUCUGGUGGUAUGGUUUUUGUUUUGUUUCUUUGUAAUUCUGCAGUUUGGCAAACAAGCUGUGUCACUUCUACGUCCACAGAAGCCUGUGUACUCAUGUCUUGUUUGGAAUGUUUUGCACUUAUGAUUUGGAGGAUUGGGUAGGGGAGAUGUCAGGCUAAUGAAGACCUGGAAGACUUCCGUGGUUCAUGGGAACAUCAUCGUCCAAAUAAGGUUACUUUAGGGUCUCCUUCAAAGCAUGGACCUGUGUUGCACAGCCUCCAAAAUUAUCCCUACUACAGCCAAUCCAGUUCAAGGUUCAAGCUGUGCUCAUGCCUAACCUGCCUUGUAGCCAGCAGAAAACCAGCUGAGUUUGUUUGCCUUGGAGCUGGUGGCAAUUUUGUAGAUUCCUCUUUGUAUAUCCCAUCCCUGUCUUGGCCUCUGCCUGUUUUAUUUUGUGUAUACAGCUACAAACGGCUUGCUUGAGGGCUGUCUGCUGAUUUAACGAGUGAGGGAACGCCUAGUUUGGCAUCAUGGGGUCAGGCUCACCUUUUAUUUAUUUGGUACUCUUUGUUUGUUGAGUUCCCAUCUCUAGGAAGAAGAAGGAAGCCUGAAUCUUGCAAUGUAAAGGUGAUGGAGAGCCACCAAAGCAGAGCACUGUGAUGUCCCCAUCCAAACCCAUGGUGUGUGGCUGUGUUUCCUGGUAACAAGUGCUGCAGCCAGAGAGGGAGAGUUAGUUACAAGUUUUCUUCCUGAAAACUACCUGAAAAUUACCUGAAAUGGCACAUAAUGUAUGGUUGUUCCUGGCCACGGGAGAAACUUACAAGAGAUGCGUGUAACCUUCCCUCCCAUAAAACAUACCCAGCCACUUCCUCAUACCCCAGACAAAAUCCAGCCCUUCUUUAGGAUGGAAGGCUGAGUCUCCUUUGAUCAUAGGAACAGAGAGCAGAAAGGAGACACCUCUCCAAUGUGCUGCUGCCACAGGUCUCAUCUCCAUUUCCCUGUUGAGUUUGCGGUGAAGUUUGUUCUCUCUUGGUGCUUUGCUGUCUCGGGACUGCUCUGCUGCAGAAUGGAAGAGAGCUUUUUGCUUGAUGAGAAGAAAUGUAUACCAGUUUGAAUGCAAUUUUCCUGCUCUUCAGGAAGCACAGAAAGGUAUUUCUGCUUUAAUACUGGGGGUAAGGAACUUGGUCUGUGCGCUAGGAGCUGGACUUGUUUCUUGUGUUGGAAGCAGGAGGGGCUUUUGUCCUUACGAAACACCUGGAGCAGUAUUGUGUGGUAGGAGUUGAUGGAGUCUCUUGACUUGUAAAUUCUUUCGUGGUGUUAUGGUUGUUUGGUUACCUUUCUGAAGGUGUGCUGAACAGAACUGUCAACUUUGUGUCUCAGUAGAUCAAAUGUUUGAUGGACUUGCAGCAGGAGAACAUUAUUUGGGCAGUUCUUCCAGCAUGCUUUUUCUUCCUUUGUGCUGUGCUGCAGGGAGCAGAGGAGCUCUUACAGUCCUCAUUUAUCCUGGUACCAGAAAGUCGUGACUUGUUCUGCAGACAAGUUGUCCAGCUGGUGGAAUGAGUAAAGCUCUUUGAAGAGCAGCUCUCCUUUGACAGACUGGAGCGAGUGCGGCAGACUGGGACCUCCUGUGAGGAUCUUUGUGGAGGGAGAAGAGGGAAGGAAGCCUGUAGUGUUUUAUUCUUCACAGCAAAGGAGUUUUUUGUGGAGCUGAGGUGGAGGGGCAGGUGCAUUCAGAAGUGGGUAGCUCCCCACCAGAGGUGGUGUUUGAACUACCUACAGGGGGUAGUGCAGUGCUCUGUUGGUGAAAGUGGCUGAGGUGAUGAGGCAGCAUAGCUUGGCCAGUCCCCAAUUUGCUCCAGAAGAGUUUGGAGCAGUGGAAGAAAAUGUGAGAGCAGAGAGUGGGAAAUAAAAGAUUUUUUUAGAUCGUUCCCUGUGGAACAUGACGAAGGUAUGAACGGAGAGAAUUUCUGUGUAGCUAUUUAAGGAGAAAAAAGAAAUAGAAGAGCACAUGUCAGAGUGGAUGAGAGGAUGAUAAAGAGUUACUCUUGGCCACAAAGCCUGGGAGAGGCAGCUGGGUGGUGAAGAGAGUUAAUGACCUGGAAGUGAGAGCAGGGAUUAGCAGCAGCAGUAAAGAGGGGUUGCUUUGCAGCCUCAAGGACAGCUUGGAGCCUCGCUGAUGAGAUGCACAGCUCUGGGAGAGGGUGCUCCUUUUCACUGAGCUGCUGUAUUACGUGUUUUGCAGAUAUCUCCAUGGGGCUUGUUACUGCAGUACCUGGAGUUCAUUAUUCAGACAUAAGCGUUACAGUGUGUUGGUGUUACUUCUGAGACAGGGAGGUUGAUUUUAAUAGGGGAAGCCGUGUAACAACAGACAAAGAACAGGUACUGACUUGAGGGAUGGGAAGGGAAGAGUCAUCUGAGGAGGAGGAGCUGAGAGCAGAUCUGGGCUGGGAGCUUAGCAAGCGGGGGAUGCUCAAGGGACCAGUGAGGCAGAAGGGCUUUCCGAGUGGCGAUACACCCAGCUGCAGUGGGAGUGCCUGCAGAGGUGAGGUCAUGGAUGGGAAGGAGAACAGAACAGAGGCUGACGCUGCGCUCAGAGUGGCUGGGAGAAGAGCAUCUCCUGGAGCCCGGAGUGAAUAGAAAUGGCACAGAGCGGGCCCGGGGCCUGAGGCUCAUUGACUUGUACUGGCAAGCUCUUAGCAGGGAGGAGAGGUGGUGGGAACUAAGAGGGAGGAAAUGCCAGGCAGCUGGGGAGCCAGGGAGCUCAGAUGUGCUUGUGAUUGGGGCUGGCCCCUCCUGCUGGCAGAGCAGCCCGCUCCACUGCAGCGGGAAAGGUGGGGCUGCUGCACCGUGCUUGGGCAAACUGCUUUGUGCUGUUCCCUGCUCGCUCCAGCACACAUGGCUCACAAACAGCAUCUCUCCAAGCGGCUGUGGUGGUGUCAGGAGUGGGGCUGAAGCCUGGUUUGAUGUGCUUGUGUUGGUCAGCUGAUGCUGAUGUCAGGGAAACUGUGAGGUUGAUACCUGGUGUUAAGGGAAAAGCUUUGUUUUAGCAGUCUGGUAUGUUCCCAAGGAUAAAACUGUGUUAAAGAAGCUUGUAACAAGCCUCUCCUCUCCUGAUUUAUGUUACCAAAGUAGGGGGAUGUUGAAGGCAGAAGGAUGGUGGGCCUGAUGCAGGAAGAGCCGCCUGAAAACAAGAAUUCAGACCGAUGCCACAACGUCAAUGUAGAAGUAAUCAAUGCUAAAACCCUUUGAGUGCUGCAGCAUAAGAAUGUAUCCGGCCUUCCCCGUCACUGGGUUUUCUCUAGGAAAUUUUAUGUGAUACGUGCAUAUAUCCAUUUUCUAAAGAACAGUUGAAGCUGUGUUUUGUCUCUCUCCGUGCCUGAUAUGGAAGACUAGAAGCCAGUGGCAGUGACUUUUUCCAGUCUCCCUAGUGAAGGGGACAUGGCUGUAGACUGUUGGCCUGCAGUACACAUACCAUGGUGGGAACAUGUGGCAUUGCUGAGUGGGUGGGGAAUGUACAGACAUGCUCUGCCAGCCUCACACGUCUUCUAGCAGGACCCAUAGGUUCUUCUUCCCUGAGGGUUACCUGUAAGGUUAUUGAUGCACCUUUUGUCUCUCUCUGUACCACCUUUCUCCUGAUGUGGCUCAGCAUUCAUAUUCUGCCCUUCUUCCCUGUGGAAGGAGGGUGAUCCAGGUUCCCCACGAUGCAGGUGCUCUUCUUGCACAGUGAUGCUGUGCUGCACCUCCUUGGAAAAUGUGAGGACUCAGUUCAGGGCAAGGACUGCUCCUGUCUUGGGUAAGCUGCAGGCCCAGCAGCCGCAGCAGCAGCCUCAGCAGCAGCAACAACAAACAACUUCGAAUAAACGCCCCAGUAACAGCGCUCCCCCACCAACCCAGCUAAAUAAGAUCAAGUACUCAGGGGGACCCCAGAUUGUGAAGAAAGAGCGUCGACACAGCUCUUCUCGCUUCAAUCUGAGCAAAAACAGGGAACUGCAAAAGCUUCCAGCCCUUAAAGAUGCUCCUCCACAUGAGCGAGAAGAGCUUUUCAUCCAGAAGCUGCGGCAAUGCUGUGUGCUUUUUGACUUCAUCUCUGACCCCCUCAGUGACCUGAAAUUCAAGGAGGUGAAGCGAGCAGGUCUCAAUGAAAUGGUAGAAUACAUCACACACAACCGUGAUGUCGUCACUGAGGCCAUCUAUCCUGAAGCUGUUAUUAUGUUUUCAGUGAACCUCUUCCGGACACUUCCGCCGUCAUCCAAUCCCACAGGAGCGGAGUUUGACCCUGAGGAAGAUGAGCCUACAUUAGAGGCUGCCUGGCCACACCUACAGCUGGUGUACGAGUUCUUCCUCAGGUUCUUGGAGUCCCCUGAUUUUCAACCAAAUAUAGCGAAGAAAUACAUUGACCAGAAGUUUGUACUGUCUCUGCUGGAUCUCUUUGACAGUGAAGACCCCAGAGAACGUGACUUCCUAAAGACUAUUCUGCACAGGAUCUAUGGGAAGUUCCUGGGUCUGCGAGCGUAUGUGAGACGGCAGAUCAACAAUAUAUUUUACAGGUUCAUCUAUGAAACAGAGCAUCACAAUGGGAUUGCAGAACUGCUGGAGAUCCUAGGAAGCAUAAUCAAUGGGUUUGCUCUGCCUCUGAAGGAAGAGCACAAAAUGUUCCUCAUCAGGGUCUUGUUACCACUGCACAAAGUGAAAUCUCUCAGCGUCUACCACCCACAGUUGGCAUACUGUGUUGUACAGUUCUUGGAGAAAGACAGCAGCUUGACAGAGCCGGUGAUUGUGGGCUUGCUGAAGUUCUGGCCGAAAACACACAGUCCCAAGGAGGUGAUGUUUUUAAAUGAGCUGGAAGAGAUCCUGGAUGUGAUUGAGCCAUCUGAAUUUGUGAAAGUUAUGGAGCCCUUGUUCAGGCAGUUGGCCAAGUGCGUCUCCAGCCCACACUUCCAGGUGGCAGAGCGAGCGCUGUACUAUUGGAACAACGAAUAUAUCAUGAGCCUGAUCAGCGAUAACGCAGCCAAAAUUCUCCCGAUCAUGUUUCCAGCGCUCUACAAGAACUCCAAGAGUCACUGGAACAAGACGAUCCAUGGACUGAUCUACAAUGCACUAAAGCUGUUCAUGGAGAUGAACCAAAAGCUUUUUGAUGACUGCACACAGCAAUACAAGGCAGAGAAGCAGAAGGGGAGGUUCAGGAUGAAGGAACGAGAAGAAAUGUGGCAGAAAAUAGAGGAGCUGGCCCGGCUGAACCCUCAGUAUCCCAUGUAUUAUGCACCUCCAUCAUUGCCUCUGGUCUGCUGCAUGGAAACAGAGACCCCGACUGCAGAGGAUAUUCAGCUACUGAAGAAAACAGUGGAGACGGAGGCUGUGCAGAUGCUGAAAGACAUUAAGAAGGAGAAGGUUUUGCUGCGCCGGAAAUCUGAGCUUCCUCAGGACGUCUACACUAUAAAAGCCCUGGAGGCCCACAAGAGAGCAGAAGAGUUUCUCACCUCAAACCAGGAGGCUCUCUGACGGGCUCAGAAGCUGGCCCAAGAAGCUAUGUCCCAUCCCUUUCCCCCAGGGGUCACAGAAAUGCACUCGGUUCUCAUGUAUAAUAAGGAAUGAACAUGGUGAGCCGUGCCUGUCCUCCACUCCAUCCACAUCCCUGCAGGAUAGAUCUGUUUUUAUGUUGUACCUUCUAUCUCACCACUGCCAUCUCCUCCUGCUUCUCCUCCUCCCACACACGCAGUGUGUGUGUGUGUGUGAAGGGAACCUGUCUGCCCUGCCGGUCCAGGCAGGGGUUGCUUCAUUUCCAGUUGCUGCCUGGUUUUUGCUCUUCCUGGGAGCCUUGCAGGGCAGGCAGGCGCUUCCUGUGGCUCUGCUAGAAGGAGGGCUGAAGGGAGCUGCUCCGGGCUCUCUGUAAGCAUAGAGAGAACCGAGCCCCUCCGCAGCUCACCUCUGCGGGGCGGCUGAGCCGGGCAGCGGUGCAGAGCAGUUGACCUCUCAGGCUUCAGGAUCAGCCUGAGCUGCCCAGUUCAACCCAGCCUGAGCCAGGUGUGUUGGCUGGAGACUGCCGCGCGUGGCUCAGCGUGCUGCAGCCAUCCCAGGUGCCCGCCUCCGUGUGCCUGCCCCAGUGCUGCUUGCGGUGACCAGAGGCUGAGCGCGUGGUGGGAGCGGCUGGCAGAGUUUGUGGGGGCUCUGCCAGCUCUCCACCCUGCCUCAGGGUGCAGCUCUGCAGUGGGAGGGCUCACGUAUAGCAGGAGAUGUUUGCUUCCGCCUUUCUUUUGCCUCAAGCCCCCCAUUCUGUUCCCCUGUUGGUGGAGUGGGGGUUCAGUGCUUCGCCACCCCCGGUAUAGCUGGGUGCGAGCACUGCAUCUUAUUGCUUCCCUCCUUUUAGAGCAUCCUUAGAAGCUCUCUUGUGGGAAAGUAAAUUCCUUCGGCUCUUUGUGUUGGUCCUCGCUAAGUCGUCUCCAUUCCAAUGUCUUGGGUAGUUGUGGGCCCAGAGUUAACUUCUGCUUUGUAGCAGGUGUCAGCCACUGACUUCUGCUUUCUUCCUCCUCCUCCUCCUGCUCAAUUAAAAUACUCCCGCAGCUUUC